UACAGAUACAGACCGUCAGAAACCGGCAACUAGCACUGCUAAAGGUACACAUAAUUGGAUGACGUUUUACGAACACAGAUGCAGAAGACAACCGGAUUCUGUGCAUAUAGAUGUCUAUACAUGUUGAGAAACAAUGGCAUUGCACCUACGUUGUCAGUCCAAGGCAGGUCAGCAUUACCUGACCGGAUUGACUUUGUCUUCAAGUAUUGGAAAACUUAAAGAGUUGAUAUGUGAGGCUACAAAAAUUCCAAAGGAUUGUAUCAAAGUUAGACAAGGUUAUCCCCCAAAAGUAAUAGAUCUCAGUUCAGAAAGUAAAGAAUUGUCAUCCCUCCCCUUCAGGUCAGGUGAUACGCUUAUUGUUGAGGAAGACUCAUCCCUGAGAAAACGUCGAAUAGAGCAGGUUGAUAAAGACAUUCAGGAUCAGAUUACAAAUUCAGGGGGCAUGUUAAUGAGAAAAGUUGUACCAGCUGAUAACUCGUGCUUGUUUACCAGUGUUGACUGUGUGAUGAAUGGAGGCUCUGUGGAUUUAACAGCUGCUCCACAAAUGAGAGAACUUAUAGCAGGCAUUGUAAUGAGUGACCCAGGUAUGUACAAUGAGGCGUUUCUUGGAAAAAGUAAUGCAAAUUAUUGUAAAUGGAUAAUGAACAAGGAGUCAUGGGGAGGGGCUAUUGAGAUCUCGAUUUUGUCCAAGUAUUACGAUGUUGAAAUUGAUGUGGUUGAUACUCAAACAGGAAGAAUCGACAGGUUUGGCGAAGACAUGAAUUAUUCUAAACGUGUUCUAGUGAUUUAUGAUGGUAUUCAUUAUGACCCUCUUAUAAUGGAACCAUUAAUUCCUGGAGAGGAAAUCAAAACAAUAUUUUCCACCAAAGACGAAAGUGUUCUUGCCCAAGCCAUGGAGAUAGCUAAUGAAGCAAAAGCAUCUCGGCAAUAUACAGAUGUUGGAAAGUUUACGCUCAAAUGUCUCAUAUGCCAGAAAAAUCUUAUUGGACAAAAAGAAGCCCAAGAACAUGCCAAAGCAUCAGGACAUAUAAACUUUGGAGAAUACUGAUUCAGUUUGAUUGUGUGUCUAGUUUUCUUACGAAAUUUUUUAAUAUCAGUGGCUGAAUGUAACACUGCGAAUUACUCAAGGUGAACUGUUGUGAUACCUUCAUGUCCAUCGGUAUUAGUCAUUGGUCAUAAACAAUUUCACUGAACAUUGGCAUUUUAGAGAUUACAGUAUUUUGUUUUGGUCAGUCUUAAUAAAAUUUGGUCAGAAUGA